AUGAGAAUCUCUCUUACCCUGAUCCCGCUGCUGGCUGCAGGCAUUGCUGCCUUCCCAUCAAGCCAAAAGGAAGUCACGACAACGACAUCCACCCUCGACAAUAUUGGUGCGGUUGCAACAGACACUGCCAAUGAGUCUGCUAAUAAUGAGCAUGGUCUCCUUGGAGAGGUGAAAACGGCCCACGACGCUCCUAAACUCCCGGGGGAAGGUGUCAUCUCUUCAAUUGUAAACAAGGCCACACAAGCAAUUCCAGAUGAAGGUCCCGACACAACGACGACUUCAUUGAAUACAUUGACCACGACUGAGUCUAGUUCAAGUCCUCAGUCACAUCCAACCGUCUCUAGCUCAUCUGGUGACAAUGGAGCCUUUGGAAGCCUUGGAGAUGCCUUAUCUGGUAUUUUGGGCAAUAGCGGGUCGGAUGAAUCGGUGCAGUCCAUGUUAUCCGAAGCAGAAUCCAUUAUGAAGAACAUUGGCAGCCUAUUUACUCCGACUUUUGUUAAAGAUGCCGGUGGUUUGGUCAGUCAGGCCUCGAGCUUUUUCGAUGACGGAACUAUGAAGGAUACCAAAGCAAUGAUCAGCACCAUUGCAGGGCUCAAGCCAUUACUUUCCUCAUCAAAUGGAGACGAUUUUUGGUCUAUCUUUCAGAACGGCACUUUUCUUCAUGACAUCGACAACAUCAUCCAGGAUAUCAUUGCUCUUCCGCCGAUCAUAGAGGAGAUCGCCAAAAUUUUGACAAGUGACGAUAUGAAAGACUUCCUCAAAGCUUUCCCGUCUAUUCUUGAUGGUAUUAUGCCCAUUUUGAAUCCGGAAUUGCUGAAAGCAAUUGAGUCCCUUAUCACAACAAAUGUGACACCGCAGUUUGUCAACGACUUGUCAUCAAUACUCAGUGCCGUGCGACCGCUUGUUCACGAUCUUCAGCCAGCCCUAGGAAACGACACAAUACAAACUCUCUCAAAUCUUGUCAAAACCAUCGUUUCCCCCGAUUUCAUCAAUGAAAUUGACAGUCUCCUGAAUAAAUUGCCGCCAAUACUGAAAGAAAUCAUGCCCCUUCUUGGCUCGGAUGUCAUAAACCCACUCAUCAACCUUCUCAAAGAGAUUUUAACGCCAGAUCUCAUAAAGGAACUCGCUUCAUUGAUUGAUGACUUGCCAACUCUUCUAAAAGACGUCCUGUCUUUAGUCAAGCCACUAGAAGAGCUGAUCACCGAAAUUCUGACACCGGAAUUUAUCAGUGAAAUCAAGCCCAUCCUAAAGAGUCUACCCUCAAUCAUCAAUGAUCUGUUGCCUCUUGUAAAGCCGCUGGAAGAUGUUUUGAAGAGUCUUUUGACGAAGGAAUUUAUCGAUGACAUCCGCACCUUGCUCAAAGAUUUGCCCCCUAUUUUACAUGAUUUCUUGCCUCUCUUGAGCUCAAACAUCAUUCAACCGAUUGGCAACCUCUUGAAAGAUAUCCUUACACCCGAGUUUAUCAAAGAGGUUGGGUCACUCAUCAGUGCAUUACCCCCAAUCAUCAAGCAGAUAGUUCCUCUUCUCGACCCACUUGAGGGUCUGAUCAAGGACGUCUUGACACCUCAGCUUCUGAAAGACGUCACGUCGUUAUUGAAACAACUUCCUGGAAUGCUGAGCGAUCUGCUGCCACUGGUUCCAAAGGUCGUGGAGCUUAUCAAAGACAUUCUCACCCCUGACGUGAUUAAUACACUUGGUCAAGCAAUUGAUGGACUACCCGGUCUUCUUGAAGCUGUUUUGCCCCUCUUGCCGGCAGCUGAAAAUCUCAUCAAAGAAAUCUUGACCCCUGCUUUCAUUCAGGACAUCAAGUCGUUGCUUGGGCAAGUACCGGGCCUUCUCAACACCCUUCUUCCUCUCAUCCCAUCGAUUGAAGACUUGAUCAAGAAGGUUGUCACUCCAGAUUUGAUUCAUGUCCUUGAAUCAGUCAUCAAUGCAGUGCCAGGACUUGUGAAUCGACUGCUACCACUAGUACCAGCACUUGAAGACUUGAUCGUUGACAUUUUCACACCCAGCUUCAUCAGUGAGAUUAAGAAGGUUCUUGCUGCAGUGCCAGGACUUGUGAAUCGACUGCUACCACUAGUACCAGCACUUGAAAACUUGAUCGUUGACAUUUUCACACCCAACUUCAUCAGUGAGAUUGAGAAGAUUCUUGCUGCAGUGCCAGGGCUUGUGAAUCGACUGCUACCACUAGUACCAGCACUUGAAGACUUGAUCGUUGACAUUUUCACACCCAGCUUCAUCAGUGAGAUUAAGAAGGUUCUUGCUGCAGUGCCAGGGAUAUUAAAUGCUCUGCUGCCACUGAUUCCACCAAUUGAAAAUCUCAUUCCCAAGAUUCUGACAAAGGACCUUAUCUCCUCUCUUGGAUCUGUGCUCCAAGCUGUCCCUUCAAUUAUUCAGGAUAUACUCCCUCUGUUGAAUGGCAAUCUUAUCAAGUCGUUGGUUGACAUGGUUACUGCGCUUCUUACGCCACAAUUUAUCAAGGAUGUGGAAACAGUGCUCAGUGCAGCCCCACAUUUGCUUCAUAGCGUGGUUCCAGUCUUUGGAGAUGACCUGCUUUCUCCAGUGGAGAAUUUGCUGUCUACGAUAUUCACGGCCGAUGUGGUUCAAGAUGUGGGUGAGUUGAUUGGAACUUUGCCGCCUCUUCUCAAUGAUAUGUUGCCGUUGUUCCACAAGGACAUCAUCGUGCCAGGAGAAAACAUUGCCAAAGAUCUCUUAAAACCAACGCUCAUGAAUGACAUUGGAACGGUCCUCAAUACCGUUCCAGACAUUGUACAGAGCUUGCUGUCUGUCAUAUCUAGCAAUGCGGUUACAUCGAUCCUUGGUGCGGUGCCAAACCUUUUGAAUGACCUUCUCCCAUUGCUAAAUGGUGAUUACAUUUCAAAACUUAUAAACGACCUGGUCAGCAUCCUGACUCCCGAAUUUAUUAAUGAUGUCGGGAAAGUCCUGGCUUCAAUACCGGGCCUCGCAAAGGCUGUUCUGCCAAUCUUCACGGGCAAUAUUCUGACAACACUCGUACAAAACUUGAUUCCUUUAGUGAAGGCUGUGGUUGCGGUAGGUCAGCUGUUAUCAAACCAUCCUUCCCUAACUAACUGGGCAUUUCACAGCUGCUGCCCUUGGUGA